AUGUCUGAUGGUCGAAGAGUUUUGUUUCAUAUUUUGAUUUUGUUAAUUUCAAAAUCAUGGAGUUUCACUAUCAACAGUUUCUGGAAGAAAUUUCCUUACACUGGACCUGUUACAUUUAAUUAUUACAGUUUGAUACCAAGCUGUAGUUUAAUCUACUGUACAGCAACUUGUUCAUCUCUCUACAACUGGGAUCAGAUUUAUUAUCAAGGAGAAGAUUGUUAUUGUUUAGCACCAAGUUAUGUUUAUGGUACAGGAAUGAUAACGACCAACUCAUCCAUGUGGACUAUUUUUAAGGAAGAAAGUUAUUGUACUGAGAAGGAAUACAAGAUAUUUCCAGAUCAAAAAUAUUGUUUGAAACAUUUUUUAACGGGACAAACAUGGGAGGAUGACAACAUAAGAUGUCGACAAGACAGCGGGUAUUUAAUAUCGGUGUAUACUCUACAAGAUUUGACUAAUUUAAGAUCUCUUUACACAC